AUGCUGACCUUCCAUCGGGGGCACGGUGUUCAAAGCUGCCGUGUGUGUUCCUCCGCAGCCUCGCUAAGGGAGCACUUCAUCACGGCUGGACUCGCUUCUGCCCUGCUGGGGGUGCUGAGCAGCAGUGACCAGGACCUGCUUCUGCUCGCCACACGGGCCCUGAGCAGCAUCUGCACGGACAACAAGCUCCGGCAGGACCAGCUGGUCCGCAGCGGCGCCGUCCCCCUCCUGGCGGCCGUCCUGCAGAAGUACCCGGAAAACGAGCCCCUGGUUGAUGCCUGCCUGCUGGCGCUCUGCAGCCUGGUUGACAUGGGUGAGGAGGACAGCUCAGCGCUUGUCUGGGACAGGGUUGGCACCUCCUACGAGAGUGAGCGAGUGUACCGGGGUAUGCUGAGAAGCCCCUUCGGGCUCCACUCUACGGUUGUGAUUGUGCGGCUAAGCCAGCGGUCGCAUGAGCAACACUUAGUGACCGUGGAGGUGAUGCAGAGGUAUGCUGCGGCGCUCUGGACUGCACAUGCCAGCCGACGUGGCUCUCGCCGCUUCCCCUUCAUGCCCUUGGGCGUGUGUCCCAGGAUCUACAGGGUCAUAAAGUACGGGGUGCGGAACAUCCCUCGAUCAACCAGUCUCAAAUCAAUGGUUUUCCACACAUUCUUGUGACCAGAGCGGUUCAAAGACCGAAAGCAACAGGAAGACUGCAGUAGGAAGUGAAGAGGUUGGCUGCACAGUUCCCUCAAAGGCCCCUGACAGCUGGACGGGUUUUGCACAACAUCUUUACAGAUGAAGACAUGAUCUGGAACGAUUGUAGAUCAGUGCCGAUUACAGAGUCAGUUCACAUUUCCAGUCAAUCUGUUGUCAUAUAAUGCAUCUGGGAAGCUACUGAGAAAAUACUGAAAUCUCAUGUCCCACAGAUGCUAUGGUAUUCAUCGAAACUGGACUGGUCGAGUUACAUCAAAAUCACACCUUCAGAACUCCUGUUCUACCACAGACAUCAGUUUCUCUUCAGCUGUGGAAUCUGGACCAAUACUGGACCAGGGCUAGUGACUCCACUGACGCUAAGUCAGACUUUCAUGUCUCGCUCCAAAUGGCACCAUUUGAACGUAGCUGGGAUGACCUAGGAUGAUUGGAAUGACUAGCUUGCUGCCGUUUCUCUUUGUCGGAGAACUGAACAGGAACCCAGAAAUCAGCCUCAGAAGUGGAGGGAACCAGCUGAUGCUCUAAAGUACAACAGAUACACUCCAAGGGUGUAAAACAGGGUUUACUUCACACACUUGAAUAUUUUACCACAUCUGAAAGCAAAUCAGAGUAAAACUGCAUAUUAUAAAUGUCUUGUGAGAAAUGGAGCCAUAAAGAUUGGAAGAUAGUGGAGUGAGACGUAGCCGAUGGACAAACCACGGUGUGGACA